CGCGUGUUUAUAUAUUAUUUUAUCUAUAGAUAAAGUAUGUGAGACUCUUAAGCCGGAAAACAGUCUGUUCCUUAUUGCAAUGCACUAUAUUAUACAGACUUUAAGUCUUCAGAAUAGGAUUUAAAACCUCCGCUUGUCGUUAUUGUCACUUGAUUUAAAGUAACGUAACUGUCAAACAAAACUAUAGCAAAACGUCGAAAGGAGACAAUUGACAAUUAAAAUUAAACUUGAAUUGUUUCAACAUUCAGAUUUCAGUCAGUUACAGCACUUUCAGCGUUCAAAUUCAAUGCACAGCACAGUAUAAGAUCCACAACAUGUUAAUAACGAAAAGCAAGAAAUACCAAAAAAACUAUGUUUUUGAGUAUUAAAAGAAAAUCACACGUAAAUAGCUACGACUAUAGCUAGUACUUGGUGCCCUUAUGCCUUUGUGACUGUACAUUUAAAAUAAAUUAAAAUGCAGAAGAAAGUCAUAUACCUAAUUAUUUUCUUGUUAGUUUCUCUUGCUUUCUGGAUAUAUCGUACUUCAAAUAUAGAAACUGAAACUACUAUUUUAAUAUUACAACAGAAUCAACAAUACAUAAACACAAUUAUAAUAUCUCCUUCAAACUCAACAUGUAGAAAUCCUAUACAUAUAUUAAUCAUAGUUACAUCCUAUGUGGGCCAUAUUGAACUGCGCAGUGCACAUCGCCAAGCAAUGCCUCCAGAUUAUUUGGCUUCCAAAAAUGCUUCCAGAAUAUUUUUGCUAGCUAAAUUACCUUCUGCUGAAAGGUACAUAACACAAGCAGCCAUUGAAGAUGAGAGUAAAGCAUUUGGAGACAUAUUGCAAGGCUCCUUUUAUGAACAUUAUAGAAAUUUGACCUACAAGCACCUUAUGGGACUACAAUGGGCAUCAUCAAAAUGUAGCAAUACCGCAUUCAUUCUAAAAGUUGAUGAUGACACAAUUUUUAACUUUGACAAGACUGUUGAUUAUUUAUUAAGCAUUCCUACUCAAGAUCAAUUUAUUAUGGGAUACAUUUUGAACAACACAUUCCCAAGAAGGAAUAGUAAUAACAAAUGGUUUGUUACAAGGGAAGAAUACCCUAGACAUCAAUACCCAGCUUAUCUCUCUGGCUGGUUUUACAUAGUGAAUCCUAAAACUGCAGAAAUGAUUUGCAGUGAGGCCCCAUACCAUCCAUAUUUUUGGAUAGAUGACAUACUGGUGACAGGGAUUUUGACUGAGUAUCUUAAUAUCAAACUACAACAAUUGCCAAGUGGUUUUUGGUUGGAAUAUUAUGAAUUAGUGGAAUGCUGUAUUAGAGACAUGGUAGAAAAAAAUAUACAAUGCAAAUAUGUUGUAGGACCAAAUGGUGGAAGACAUAACUUAUUAGUUGAAUUUAACAAUGCCUAUAGAAAUUGUAAAACUUCUUGUUCUAGGUCUGACCAACAAAACUUAAAAGAUACAUGUAUUAUGAAAAGGGAUAGAACCAUAUUUAGUGAUGGAAUGGCAGAAGUAAGGAAUAUAGUGUUAUAAUUUAUAGGAAUAUAGUGUUAUAAUUUAUAGGAAUAUAGUGUUAUAAUUUAUAGGAAUAUAGUGUUAUAAUUUAUAGGAAUGUUAAAGAUUUGUGUAAUCAUAUAAUAAUUUCAAUCUGUGAUAAUACUCAUAACUCAUUUAUACCAGUAAUAUUAAAUUUAAGAAAAUAAGUAAUAAAAAAACAGUUGUUCCCCA